AUGACAUCAAGUGCUUCGUCCAUGAACUCUGCCAUCACCAGUAGCACAUCGGCAAGCUUCACGGGCAGCGUCACAUUCAACAGCUCCACCAGUGCUCUUUAUAGCAAUGGAACCAACAGUACCGUGCCCCUUGGCCCUACUGCAUCUUCGAGCAUCUCUUCUUCGACCUUCGUCCCUGUUAAUGUCACUAGUAGCGUUUCUCUGAGUACCAUGACACUGAUUCCUACGGGUUCCUCGGGCAGAUUUCCUACAAGCUCAGGCACUAGCGGCGCUCCUUACGGCAACAGCACAAGCAGUGUUCCUACUGUCGGACCGACAACACCUAUUUUCCCUGGAAACUCCUCGUCUAUCAACAACACCAGCAGUGUGACUUCGUUCAUCGGUCUGCCUACAGGCAUCAUCGAUCCCAGCUCAGGCCCUUCUUUCUCGAGCUAUUCCAUCAGUGGUGCUCCAUAUGGCAAUGGCACAAGCAGCACGAGCCCCGUUGGUCCAACUGGCGUAUCUUCCACGGCCUUCAGCACCACCAACAACACUGUUAUCAUCCCUUCGAGUACCGUAAAUUCUACCUCGUCUCUGGCUUCGACUGGGUUCCCCUCAAGCAUCAGCAGUAGUGGAGCACCAUACGGGAAUGGUACCAGCAGCAUGCCUACACUGAAUCCGACCGCACCUCCGACUUCCAGUUCCUCGAACAUCAGUAACGCCGUGUCUACCAACGGCACCAUCAGUGUUCCAACGAGCAGCACCAACUCUUCUUCCAUAGCUUCGAGUGGUUUCUCAUCUACCAUCUCGAGCAGCGGAGCGCCUUAUGGGAACAGUACUAGCAGUGCACCACAAGUCGGUCCCACAGCGCCUCUGACUACCGGUUCUUCGUCCCUGUCCUCAAGUGGUGCCGUUACCAACAGCAGUGCAUCCAUAGUCUCGACACCCUCGCCCGUACCUUCGAGCGGGAUCAGCUCAAGCAUCAUUCCUAGUGGCGCACCAUAUGGUAACUCAAGCAGUACCUCUUUAUCUUCUGGCCCUACAGCACCUCUCACAAGUGAUGCUUCAUCCACUUCCAGUCUCUCGUCUUCUGCAGCCUCUGUGGGCAACGGCACAAGCACUUUCCUUCCAAGCUCAACCUUCUCUGUCGGUCCUGUUAAUGCUACCUCGACUGGAAGCUCUAAUGGCACUACAACGCAAUCAGCCUCGACGACUGUCUCGCAGAGCUCAACCAACGCAACUGUCACUGGUGCGAUCACUACGAGUGCUUCUUCCAGUAGCUCCACCAGUCAAAGCACGACAAGUUCAUCCAGCCUGUCUUCUUCAAGUGCGACGUCAAGUCAAUCUAGCACACCCAGUCAAGGAUCAAUCCGCACUGGAUCUCGAGUCUUUGUCGAUAGGUCCGUCCCGGCCUAUGGCAACCUGGCACUUGAGGCCACGCAGGAUGGACAGAACCAGUAUGCGAACAUCUAUACUCGCAAACAGCGUCCAACACUCAGCUACACAUUCAACGAGACUUCAGGAUAUCUCUACCUUGGUCAGAGCAAGAACGUCCUGAGCUACGCAAUCCCCAGCUUCCGUUCGGACUCUGUACAGCUGGCCACUCUUUCUGAAGAUUACCUGACCACAUACCCACAGUCUUGGAGCCCGCUCAAAUGUAGUGUCUCGGCCUCGGGUGCUCUUUCUUGUUCGGCUACCUCCACUGCUACAAGAUUCCGCCCAAGCAGGACUUACUCGGUGUUUGUUGUGGUGCCACGAGAAGGUCAAGCUGCUGCUGACAUCUACCUUUAUGCUGCCAACAAGAUCGACGGUCGUCCUCUUGGUGCUACUCAAGUUACUUUUGACGUUUCCACGGAUGGCCAGGGCUGGUAG